GCUGCAACAUAACCUCAAAAUAAUUAUAUUAUAAAGGGGAGUAAAUGAACGCACGUGUUUGUUUUUUCCCCUAAAUAAUAUGAUAUUAAUAUAAAACCACUAAAAUGAGUAAGUUCUAUGUGUUAUUCGAACACAGCGCGGGCUUUGCGUUGUUCCGCGUUGCUGAAUUUGAAGAGUUAGCGGCUUUCCUGCCUCAGGUCGAAGAGUCCGUGACAGAUUUGCAACGUUUUAAUGCUGUUGUGACUUUAAUAGCUUUUCAACCACACAAGUCGGCGAUCGUUGCUUUGGAAAAUAUCAACGCGGUAUCUGAAGGUAUUCUUCCUGAAGAUUUGAAUCUAUUCCUCGAAGGUGGUCUUCCAAAGAGGAAGAAACGGUCAAAAUGCACACUCGGUGUACUGGAUCCCAAGCUAGGAGCAGCCAUCAGCGAGGCCCUGGAAAUUCAGUGCACGCAUACAGGAGCAGUUCCGGAGAUUUUGAGAGGCAUACGUUAUCACUUCCACUCGCUCAUCAAAGGUCUUACCCUCAAAGCAUGCAGUGUGGCACAGCUUGGCCUUGGUCACUCAUACUCACGAGCUCGUGUCAAGUUCAAUGUUCACCGAGUGGACAACAUGAUCAUACAAUCAAUAGCCCUGCUCGAUCAACUUGACAAAGACGUUAACACUUUCUCCAUGAGAAUAAGAGAAUGGUAUUCCUAUCACUUCCCGGAGCUUGUGUCAAUUGUUCCUGAAAAUCACCUGUACACAAAAUGCGCCGAGUUCAUAAAAGAUAGAAAGACCCUGUGCGAAGAGUCAUUAGAACCGCUCACUGAGAUCCUGGGAGACUCCGAGAAGGCGCAGGCUAUCGUAGAUGCCUCGAAAAUGUCCAUGGGAAUGGAUAUUUCACCAGUUGACUUGAUUAACAUCCAAAUGUUUGCUGGUAGAGUAGUAGCGCUCAGCAAUUAUAGAAAACAGAUUUCAGAAUACCUGCAUAGUAAGAUGAACUCCGUAGCACCGAAUUUGUCUACAUUGGUUGGAGAUCAAGUUGGAGCCAGGCUGAUCUCCAAGGCUGGCUCGCUGACCAACCUCGCCAAGUAUCCUGCAUCUACAUUGCAGAUAUUGGGUGCAGAAAAAGCUCUCUUCCGAGCUCUGAAGACACGUUCGAAUACUCCAAAAUAUGGUCUGCUAUACCACUCCACGUUCAUUGGACGUGCCGGACUGAAGAACAAAGGUCGGAUCAGCAGAUAUCUGGCAAAUAAGUGCUCAAUUGCAUCCAGGAUCGAUUGUUUCUCUGAAAUGCAAUCAGCUGUAUUUGGUGAAAAACUCCGUCAGCAAGUAGAAGACCGUCUGAAAUUCUAUGAGACCGGUGAUAUUCCCAAAAAGAAUAUUGAAGUGAUGAAGGAAGCUAUGGACGAAGUUCAGAAGGCUGUUGACGCCGAGGCCAGUGCCAAGAAGAAAAAGAAAAAGAAGAAGAAGAAGUCCGAAUUAGACGAGAGUGUGGCCAUGGACGAAGAUUAGUCGAAUAAUCUAGAAUUUAAUUACUAUUGGUGUUAAGAUAUUGUACCUUUAAAAAUAAAGUAUUUUUUCAGACGGUUUUAUGGACCAACAAAACUGCUAUCUUGGAGUUAUUUCUUUUAACCCUACUUUUAAUCAAAUACUAAGCGUCGCCCGAUGCAGCUGUCAAUUCCAC